UUUCUCCUCUAAGUACAAAACAUACCCAAGAACCUACUUAGAGGGUCUUUUUGAGGAAAUUCUUUUAGGUUAAAAAAGAGUAAAUGGGUUCAUUAGUGGGUCAUGUUGCACCAGGAGUUGCCAUCUUUUUACUUGGUUUUUGGCACUUACUUAACAACAUAAGGCUCCAUUAUCUCCACCCAAAUUCAUACACUUCAUCUCCAUGGUUUCCCACUUCUAAAUUCAGAUAUGCAGAACUAUGUUUUAUCAUGGUUGGCACAUCAAUCUCCAUAGCCAUGGAGCUUUUCAUUGGACCUUCAAGACACCAACCCUUUGACCCAGACGGCACCAUCCCUUCUUAUCACCUCCAUAACUUUGAACACUCCUCUAUCUCUCUCACCUUUUUUGUUUAUGCAGUCCUUGCCAUCCUCCUUGACAGAACCCCUAAUCACCCUGCUAGAGACAUUAAUCUCAUCAAAGGUCUAACCCAGUUGAUUGGAGCUAUAGCUUUUGCUCAACAACUCUUUCUUUUCCACCUCCACUCAACUGACCACAUGAGUGUGGAAGGACAAUACCAUUUACUCCUCCAAUUUAUAAUUGCAGUGUCCUUAGCCACAACCCUAAUGGGAAUAAGGUACCCUAAAAGUUUUCUGAUCAGUUUUGUGAGGUCCAUUAGCAUAACUUUCCAAGGAAUAUGGCUUAUAGUCCUGGGUUACAUGCUUUGGACUCCUGGGUUGGUUCCUAAAGGCUGUUUUCUCAACUUUGAAGAAGGGCACCAAGUGGUCAGAUGCUCAAGCCAAGAGGCUCUAGAUAGGGCUAAGGCUCUGGUCAACAUUGAGUUCAGCUUGUUUUUGGUGGGUAUCACCAUUUUUGCAGUGUCCUUUUACCUGGGUUUGGGUAGGAUGUAUGGUCUGAAAAUUGUGGAGUAUUCAACUGUCCAAGAAAAUGAUGAAGGGGAAGAAAGUGAUAGUGAUGUGGAGUCACAGAAGAGAUCAAACAAGUUACUUCAGGAUUCUAAGAGUUUAAUUCAUAUGGGAAAAGCAUCUAAUUAAGCCAAUUGGCACUGAAAGGUAAAAGAAUGCAUAUAUAUAUAUAUGGUGGUAAACGAUAUAUUGGUUAGUGGACAUGAUUAGGUGUAUGUUGGGCACAGGUUG